AUGGCAUCAAAAGGUCACGGUAAUGGACGGCGUAAGAAAGGUGAGAAAGGACCUGAUAAUCUUCCCGCAGGUCAAUAUACACCACCACCACCACCAUCAGCACCACCACUACCACAACCUGUUACCACAACUCUUCAACCAGCUACUACAAAUAUUAUUCCUUCUCCAAGGGCAACUAUUUCACUACCAAAUGCAUUUUUCAUGCCCCCACCACCCCACCAGUUCCAACCCUCUUCUCCCCAUAAUAGUUUACAUAGUAGCUCUGCAUCUGUACCUUCAACAUCAUCCAUACCUAGCCUUUCUGGAUUGAGAAUUGGAGGUCUCAACACAUCGACAUCGCCCUCCAUUGAUAGUGCUGCAGAGUCUAAUGAUACAAUAUCUACUUCUCAAAUUCCGAAAUUUAAAGAGACAGUAGAAUAUGACGGCAACAGCAGGCUAAUUAUCGCCCGUGAUGGUAAUGGGUAA